AUGAGAGUCCUGCGAUUGUGUCUUCCACGAAACCACAUUUCUACCUCGUGUAAAAGAUGCCAAUUUUCCGUUUUAAUAUCAUCAGAUGAACCAAAAAAGGGGGUUAACAUCCUUGGAAAGCUAUACAAAACUGACUCCUGGUCCAACAUAUCCCCCAAAAUUCUUGAUCUCACUGCACGAAACCUGCAUAAUCAAGAAUACCACCCUCUAUGGUUGCUCAAACACCGGAUUACGGAAUUUAUAAACAAGCGUCCGGCACAUCAAAAUGCCGAGGGAAUCGGCACCUCUCAUCCUCUCUUUUCCGUUCAUGAUUCUCUCAGCCCAGUAGUGUCCACGUUCCAGAACUUUGACAGUCUUCUUGUCACUCCUGAUCACGUCAGCCGUCGGCCCACGGACACUUACUAUAUUAAUAAGCACACCGUUCUUCGCAGCCACACGUCUGCGCACGAGAUGGAACUCAUAAGGUCGGGCCUCAAUGCUUUUGUCACCGUCGGUGAUGUUUACCGUCGGGACGAUAUCGAUGCUCUACACUACCCUGCAUUUCAUCAGCUGGAAGGGGUUCGCCUCUUCACUGAAAAGGAGCUGUUUAAGGACACGGUAGAUCCGAGUGGAUGUCUUAAACUCUUUGAGCAUUCGACGUCGGAAGUCUUGCAACCCCUCUCUGUCGCCGUGCCCUCUUCUGAACUCCCUCUUGGCAGGCAGCCUCGUCAUACUCUUGAGACCGCCUAUUGUAUAGAGUUCCAACUGAAAUGCAUAUUAGAGGAGCUUGCUGUUCAUCUCUUCGGCAAGGAUGUACCAAUGCGAUGGGUGCCGGCGUAUUUCCCCUUUACACAUCCUUCGUGGGAGUUGGAGAUCCAGACAGGUGUGAUGACCGGUGCUGAUUCUGACGGAUGGACAGAGAUGCUAGGCUGUGGCAUUCUGCGUCAAGAGAUUAUCGACCACGGCGGAGUGACAAAUAGGGUGGGCUACGCGUUUGGACUAGGGCUGGAGCGGUGGGCAAUGAAGCUAUACAGUAUUCCAGACAUUCGACUGUUUUGGUCCAGGGAUCCGGGCUUUUUACAUCAAUUCAAAGUUGAGACUAUCAACGAAUCCAUCACCUACAAGGCAGGUGUAUUCCCUCCGUGCCCUCUGGACAUCUCCUUCUGGCUGCCCUACGCCACGCCUGAUCAUCGUCUGGAGUUCGAACGAGACUUCUUUGAACUUGUCAGGGGUGUGGUCGGUGAUCUUGUCGAACAGGUAACACUGAUUGACCGAUUCGAGGACAAGGUGAAUGCCCGAGUGAGCUACUGCUACCGCAUUGUUUACAGAGAUCACAGUCGCACACUCACCAUGCGCGAGGUGCGUCCUUUGCAUGAGGAAGUCGGUAGACUCGCUGAAACGCAUCUCAACGUCAAGGUGCGCUGA